AUGAACGGCUUCGGCUCUCCGUAUGGCCAGCCAGCUUCGGCAUGGCAGGAGCACCAUACCCCCGAUGGACGAGCAUACUAUUAUAAUCCAACUACCAAGGCUACGCAAUGGACGAAGCCAGAAGAGAUGAUGGGUUCAGCCGAGCGCGCCCUUGCUAACCAGCCCUGGAAGGAAUACACUGCAGAGGGAGGCCGGAAGUACUGGUAUAACACUGAGACGAAACAGAGCUCUUGGGAGAUGCCCGAUGCUUACAAAGCCGCCCUCGGCGCAACGAGCCAGCCUGCGACUCCUGCUGCUGCAACUCCUUAUACACCCCCCGCGAGCGCUGGUGGUUACUCUCAUGGUUACGACCAGCAUCGCGAUCGGCGAGAUCAGCGAGAUGAGCGCGACACAUAUCCUGAAUCUCGACAAAUCACGUAUGGAAACGACCCCAAGGUUCAGGCUUUUGUGCCUGCGACGAACGACCCUGAAUACGCCACCGCUGAAGAGGCCGAAGCUGCCUUUGCCAAGCUCCUUCGACGAAGUGGAGUCCAGCCAGACUGGACCUGGGAGCAGACGAUUCGAGCAACUGCGCGAGAUCCCCAAUUCCGUGCCAUCAAGGAUCCCAAGGAUCGCAGGGCCGCUUUUGAUAAGUAUUGCCAGGAUGUGGUUGUCCAGGACAAGGAACGGGCUAAGGAGAGGCUGGCUAAACUCCGUGCUGACUUUGAGACCAUGCUCAAGAGGCAUCCCGAGAUCACCCAUUACACUCGUUGGAAAACCGCGCGCCCCAUCAUCGAAGGUGAAACUAUCUUCCGCUCUACUAACAACGAGGGUGAACGCCGCCAACUCUUCGAGGAGUACAUUAUCGGCCUCAAGAAGGCACACGCUGAGCAGCAGACAUCUCUUCGGAAGAACGCUAUGGAUGGUCUCCUUGAUUUGCUUCCCAAGCUCAACUUGGAGCCUUACACUCGAUGGGCCGAUGCUCAAGGUAUCAUUUCAUCCACCCCACCUUUCCAGAAUGACGAAAAGUACCAGGCUCUCACCAAGUUUGACAUUUUGACUGCUUUCCAAAAUCACAUGAAAGCUCUGGAACGCAGGUUCAAUGACACGAAGCAAGAGGAGAAGAACAAGAAAUUCCGUAAAGAACGCAAGGCACGCGAUGCUUUCAUCUCUCUCCUCAACGAACUUCGUCGCAACGGCAAAAUCAAUGCUGGAACGAAAUGGAGCCAGAUUGUUCCUACAAUCGAGAAUGACAACCGUUAUACCGAUGCUGCCGGCCAAAGUGGCUCGACUCCUCAUGAGCUUUUCUGGGACAUUAUCGAGGAGGAGGAACGUGGUCUCCGAGGGCCUAGGAACGACGUUUUGGAUGUUCUUGAAGACAAGCGGUUUGAUCUCACGCCUACCAGUGAUUUUGAAGAGUUCCUCUCUAUCAUGAAGGAUGACCGACGAACUGCUAACACUGAUCCGGAGAUUCUCAAACUCGUAUUUGAUCGACUUCGCGAAAAGCGCUCGUCUAGACGGGACGACGAUCGAGACCGACAAUCUGAACGCCAGCAACGCAGAGCUGUUGACGAUUUACGCGCAUGUAUGAAGCGCAUGGAGCCUCCUAUCGCUCUGAAUGAUACAUAUGACAAGGUACGACCUCGACUCUUGAAAUCAGACGAGUUCCAGGCCAUCGCGUCCGAAGAUGCUCGACGAAACGCUUUCGACAAGCACAUCCGUCGACUGCGAGAAAAGGAAGACGAAGCAGACAGAAGCUACAAACGACGUGAUCGCAUGUCUAGCGAAAGAGACUUACAUCGCCGUGAGCGGGAGCGAUCAAGAGGUGAGCGUUCUCAUCGUAGCGGUGGACGUGGUUCUCGAAGAAGUCGCAGUCCCGAGCCAGAUGCAUACGAAGCGGAUCGACGCAAAGCUAUCGCCGAGCGAGAGCGUAAUCACCGAAAGUCCACAAUGGCAGAGGGUCUCCUGGGAUCAGAGCGUAGCCGUCCAUCGCCACCGCCGCCUCGUCGCGAGCGAGAGCGAGAACGUGAUCGCGACCGUGAGAGGGACUAUGAUCGUCCUCGCUCGCGUCGCGACGACGAUAGCCACUACGACCGUGAUCGAAGAGACCGGGAAGACGAACGCGAGAGAUUGUAUCGCCGCCGCGUCGAUCGAGGUUCUCAUGAUGAGCUCAAUUAUGGAGACGAGCGUCCAUCUGGUUCUCGACGCCGCCGUCCGGAUGACGAAGAUGAAUUCGCUCGUCGCGAAUCACGGGACGCCAAGAGGGUCAAGAGAGAGCGUUCUCGAGAGCGUUCGCCCCCUCGCGUCGAAGAACGUCCUCGUAAGAAAACCCCCCCACCUACUACCAAGGAUGUUCACUCCGGCAGCGAAGAGGGUGAGAUAGAGGAGGAUUAG